AUGGCCGACUUCAUCCCUCCAUCUGGGCCUCCACCGCCCAAGGUGCCCGAGGGUUGGAAAGCUCAAUGGAACGAUCAGUACAAGGAAUGGUUCUACGUAAACAUCCACACCAAGCAAUCCACCUGGGACCGCCCCAACUCCCCCGUCUACCCCACCGCCGCCGGCGCCCCGCCCGGCCCACCACCCUCCUACCCCGGCGCAGGCAACACCACCGCCGGCGGCAGCUCCACCUACCCCGCCGGCGCGGGUGCAAACACCUACCCGCCCGAAAAGGGUCUCGGCUCCAACAACCCCUACGGCGGCCCCCAAGGCGCCUCCUCGCACCAGGACCUCGACGAAGACGCCCGCUACGCCCAACAGCUCCAGGCGGAAGAAGACGCCCGCGCCCGCGCCGCGGGCCGUCCCACGAGCUCCGAGGCGUUGGACCGCGGCGAGAGCGACAGCUACUACCAAGGCGGGGCGCAGCAGGGCGGGGCGUACGGCCAAGGGCAAGGGCAGUCGCCGAGCUACGACGCGCAGCAACUGCCGCCGCGCGACGCGGGCAAAAAGGGCGGCCUUGGCGGCUUCCUGUCGAAGCUGGGCGGGAGGCACAACCAGCCUCAGCAGUCGCCGUACGGGCAGCAGGGGGGCUACGGUCAGCAGGCGUACGGUGGGCAGCAGCAGGGUUAUGGGCAGCAGCAGCAGGGGUACGGCGGCCCUCAGUACGGAGGGUAUCAGCAGCAGGGGUACGGAGGCGGAUAUGGAGGACCGCCUCAGGGCGGGUAUGGUGGGUAUCAGCAGCAGCAGCAGGCUCCGGCGAAGAGACAUGGGCUUGGGGCCGGUGGGGGAGCGGCGUUGGGGUUGGGAGGAGGAUUGCUGGGUGGGAUGCUGCUUGGUGAAGCGAUGGAUGGGGGUGAUGGAGGUGGUGAUGGAGGUGGUGAUGGGGGCGACGGGGGUGGGGGUGAUGGAGGUGGAGGUGGAGGUGAUGAUGGUGGAGGAGGAGGGGGAGACUUCUAA